AACAAUCAUGGCGUCCGGGUUUGAAAGCGAGCGGAGUUUGGCGGCGCGUAAGGAAGAGAGGCGCCGCCAGCGCGAGGCGCUGCUGCAGCAGGCAAAAGCUGAUUAUGAAGAAGGAGAGCGACGCAAAGAACUGAAACGACUCCGAGGGGAAGAUACCUGGAUGCUCUCUGAUGUGAAUGAACGUUUAGAAGAAUUGGGAAAGGAACAUUCUGUUACGAAAAAGAAGAAAAAGGAGAAGCAUUCAAAAAAACAUAAAAAAGAAAAGAAGCAGAAGAAGCCUAAAGUUGAAAGAAAGGAUGAUUCAGCUGAUAGUACUUCAGAUUCUUCGGAGGAGUGGGUGGAAGCUUCUGAUUCACAGUCUUCUAGCACAGAAAAGGCUUGGAAGGUGAAGAAGGAACAAUCAGACACUGUCGAAAGUCCCGUGCCAGUUCAAAGGGAGGAGUGGAUGACCUUAGAUUUUAUGUCUGUGAAAACACUGUCUUCAGCAUCACUGAAGGCUGAAAAGCAGAAGGAAAAAUUACUGGAGCAACAGAAAGCCCAAGAAAAGGAACAGUUGCUGAUUUCUGAAAGAGAACUCAACCCCUACUGGAAAGAUGGUGGCACAGGCUUACCACCACAAGAGGUAACGCCAUCAACAAAAGUGACAGCAGUAGAAGAUGGUGGGUUAAGUUGGCUGAAGAAAUCCUACCAAAGGAUGAAGGAGCAAUCUGAGAGAGAGAAACGGGAUGUGGAAGAAAUUAUAGCUCAAAGAUAUGGGUCAGUGGAGCUAUUUCAAUCAAGGUUAGAAGAAGCUGAGAAAGCUGCAGUCCAAAAAGAACAUGAUUACCGAAGAGGUUGGCAAAAAUGUAAAUAUUCAGGAAAUGAACGUAGUAUGAGACAGAGGGAGGAAAAGGAGAAGCAAGAUGACAGUAGUGUAGAAAGGGAUGCAUAUAAAGAGCGAUCUAAGGAGAGGUAUAAUAAAGAGUAUUCCGAAGAACAGAGAAGUUACAAGAGAGACAGACCAACAGAAGAUAAAGAACCAAGGCAUGAUAAUAAAGAAUCUGCAAUGAAAGACUUUUCUUAUAGAACGGCAAAAGGAUCUUACCAAAUAAGAAGUUAUGAGAAACCUUUUUUGAGCCCUUUGAAAGCUACAUUUUUGAAACCUAAGGACGAUGGGGACCAAGAAGUCAGGCUGCAGAGUACUUCAUCCCGAUUACAUACUCCUAGUUCUUUGAGUUGUGGUUUCAGAAAGCCUGGUGAUCCGGAUGUUAUCCCAAGAUGGCGCAAAGCACAACCAAUGGAAGAAAACCAAAAAGCAAUCCUAGAUGAAAAACCAUUCAAGACUGAAGUGGCUCUUCCUGUUAGAGAGGAAGAUACACGAGAGAAACAGAAAGAGAUGCCAGAAGGCGCCUUGGAAAUAAAGGAGCCAUUGGACAGUAAAUCAUCAUAUUUGGGAUCUAUUGCCAAGGAUGAGAACCCUUGUAUUCUUAGUGAUGAGGAAAUGAACAGACUGGGAGCCAAAAUCGUAAAAGCGGAAUUGAUGGGAAAUAAGGAUUUAGCUGCAAAACUUCAGGCUCAGCUUGACAAUGCACGUAGGCUAAAAGACAGCGGAGCACAGAUUCAAGCUAGAGAGUCUGAGAGGGAGACACCAGGCUUCCAAGAAGACCAUGAAGUGAUCCUGGUAAGAACUGAUAAGUCUGGCAGAGCAUGGCCUGUUAAUACUCAAGGAGAACUGCAGGAGACCACAGGCAGAAGAAGGAAGAAGCAAACGAUCACUACUCACGUGGAUAAGGAGAGGGUCCGGUACUUUCAGGAUGAUGAUAAUCUUAGCUUGAAGGAUUUGGUCAGGAAUGAAAAAAUGAGAACAGCCGAAGAUCAAAAUAAGCUUUUCAUGAGAAUGGCAUCAAAGUUUUCAGAAAAAACUGAUAGAGAUUAUUACACUCUGGACGACAUGUUUGUUUCCAAAGCAGCAAAGGGUGAACAAAGUGGAGAAGAGGAGGGAAGGCAGAGGAAACAAGCAAUCCAUGAGCACCAGCAACUUGCUGCUCGCAUGGAGAAGUGCCCUCACUGCUUUGGUAGCCCUGAACUUCCAAAGCAUCUGAUUAUUGCAAUUGGUAACAAGGUAUACUUAUCAUUGCCAAACUAUCAGUCCCUUACUGAAGGUCAUUGUCUGAUAGCUCCUAUGCAGCACUACACUGCAGCCACUCUUCUAGAUGAAGACAUCUGGGAGGAAAUCCAGUUAUUCAGAAAAACCUUGGUAAAGAUGUUUGAAGCACAAGAGCUGGAUUGUGUCUUUCUCGAGACAAACCUAAGCAUAAAGAAGCGGUAUCACAUGGUAUAUGAAUGUAUCCCUCUCCCAAAGGAAGUGGGGGAUAUGGCUCCCAUCUACUUCAAGAAAGCUAUAAUGGAAUCUGAUGAAGAAUGGUCCAUGAACAAAAAGCUGAUUGAUCUAUCUUCAAAAGAUGUUCGCAAGUCGGUUCCAAAAGGUUUGCCCUACUUCUCUGUAGACUUUGGCCUCCAAGGAGGUUUUGCUCAUGUCGUUGAAGAUCAACACAAGUUCCCUUUUUAUUUUGGAAAGGAAAUAAUUGGUGGCAUGUUGGAUCUGGAGCCCAGACUUUGGAGAAAAAGACUGCGAGAAAACUUUGAGGAUCAGAGGAAGAAGGUGUUGCAUUUUGCUCAGGGGUGGAAACUGUAUGACUUCACCAAAAGCAAAGAGUGAAGAUGUAGAGCAUACCUGGACAUACGCAACAGCUGGAUUACCCAAGAUCCAAGAAGUUCAUCCUUCUUAUAGAGGAGUUCAUGCAAAAGACAAUAUGGAUGUUUUCUGCAUUCUGAGUGAACAUGUUAGAUGCAAAAUUAUAUUUUAAGGGAAGGCAGUUCAUGGAUUUAAGAUUGAGAUACUUGAGUUAUCUACAAGUCAAAUGAAUUUCAGUAGUACAAUAUGGACAGAAAUGCUUGGUGAAAAUUUAAGUCCUUAAUUUGAUGGAUGAGAUAUAUAUAUAUAUUAUCUUAAGCUAUUCUUUCUGCCCUCCAUCCUUCAAUAUUCGCCUGUUUACAUUCUAUAAAAUGCUAUUCCAUUUCCAUAGA